AUGAAUUCCCGAUUAAUGCUUGCUGGUCUUGCUGCUAUUCAUCUUGCUGCUGGUUACGGAACAUCUUUCAGGCAAUUCAAGGUAGCCAGAGCUGUCCAAAAUAUACAAGGUGAUAACACCAUCCCUAACACGAGUGGUUCUGACAUAUGCGGUGGCACUGUCCGCGGUUCAAAUGAUGUCAAAUCUUUACUUUUUAUAAGAGAUGGCACUUCUGCCUGUAACAAUUCCGAAAACACCGAAAAUACCGACAAUAUGGACAUUAUUGAUGCAACCAACCAUGACAAGCAGACACUUCAGGUUUCUAAGCCUGUUGCCGAUCCCGAUAAUAUGUCGAUUAUGGCAGCUAGUCAUGUGAUUAUGAUGACAGUCAAGGGCAACGAAAACGGAGUCGGCUCAUAUACAUGCAUGAUUGAUUCGACUGGUACCGGCGCGGGGAUCUGGACUGAAAUGGAAGUAAAAUCCGAUUCUGCAGAUAAAAUCUCUCCGGAUAGAGUAGCUGAUGUUAAAAUUCAAGCUGUUAUUGAUCCCAAUCAGACGUGUACUGGAAGGCUUGAUGAUAGGGAGAAUGUAUGCAUGGUCAAGUGUAAUGAUGCUGCCACUCCUGGGACUAUUGAGAAAUCUGUUCUUGUGCAACUAUUAGACAUGGAUAAUACUCCCACGCCGACUGACCCAAACAGUGAUAUUCAGCCUCGGGCUUCAGCGGUUAUUCAUCAUUAA